CAGCGCUUUUUCAAGACUUCGCCUCUACCCGCACCUCGCACCGUGCGCUCCGCCGCUACUCCGCUCCCACACGUAGAGCCACGCUUUCAAACGGCUCAACUCAACAAACAUUUUCCGGCGGAUUUCUCUCUCCAGCGUGCCAAUAUGCGCGUCGGCGAACGCGAAUCUCAACACAAAAACUUUGUCUUGUCUUGAGCAGAGUGCCAGGGCGCACGGGAUGCUCCGCGGCGUGUUUAACGUGAGCGCGGCUGUCCGGGAGUGACUCUGCGUGAAGUUGUGAGUGUGAGGGGGAGGAAAAGAAAAUCGGUUCGUCAAGUAACCGACACUCUGGGCAUGGACAAUGGAUACUUUAAGUCUGUCAGUGAACGCUGUGUCCUACACGGUGGCAGCUGAGCUCCCCGCCACCGAUGAUCCAUUUAAUGCACCCGUCAGGAACAUCGCGCCGUGGAACUUCACCAUCCUGGCCGUGCUCAUGUUUGUGGUCACCUCGUUGUCAAUGAGCGAAAACUUCCUCGUCAUGUUUGUCACUUUCAAGUACAAACAACUCAGACAGCCCCUGAACUAUAUUAUAGUUAACUUGGCCAUCGCUGACUUUCUGGUCUCCCUCACCGGUGGAGUAAUAAGUUUCCUGACAAACGCUAGGGGUUAUUUCUUCCUUGGGAAGUGGGCUUGUGUUUUGGAGGGGUUUGCUGUUACUUUUUUCGGGAUCGUGGCCCUGUGGUCCCUCGCCGUUCUGUCCUUCGAGCGAUUCUUCGUGAUCUGCCGGCCCCUGGGGAACAUCCGACUGCAACCGAAGCAUGCGAUCCUGGGUCUGCUGUUCGUCUGGACCUUCUCCUUCGUCUGGACCUUCCCUCCGGUGCUGGGCUGGAACAGAUACACCAUAAGCAAGAUUGGAACCACCUGUGAGCCCGACUGGUAUUCAACCAACUUGAUCGAUCACAGCUACAUCCUCACGUUCUUCGCCACCUGUUUCAUUCUGCCUCUUGGGUUAAUCAUUUUCUGCUAUGGAAAGCUCCUGCGGACACUCAGGAAGGUGUCACAUGGUCGACUGGCCACUGCCCGGAAGCCAGAGAGGCAGGUGACCCGUAUGGUGGUGGUGAUGAUUGUGGCAUUCAUGGUGGGCUGGACUCCGUACGCAGCCUUCGCCAUACUGGUCACAGCUCAUCCAACCAUCGAACUUGACCCCAGGCUGUCUUCCAUCCCCGCCUUCUUCUCCAAGACAGCUGCUGUCUACAACCCAAUAAUCUACGUCUUCAUGAACAAACAGUUCAGGAAGUGCCUAAUCCAGCUUUUCGGCGGCACAGGGAUCAUCCCAGACAACCUGAACCAGACCUCAGAGCGACCGGGAAUUACUGCAGAGAUUCAAACGGGAGAAAUGUCAGUCAUUGCGACCCGCAUCCCCAUGAGUGGCACUAUGUCGCCCAGGUCUGACGAUUCUCCAACCGACGGUGGCUCGUUUUCCCAGCUGCCCAUCCCAGAGAACAAAGUGUGUCCAAUGUAACAGGAAGAAAAUGCAUCCCAAUAGGUGUCCUCUCACUAUCCUCUGACCCCCACAGCCCGUGAUAACCCUCUGUAAUUGAGAUGCAGCGCCUUUCAAAAAACGAUUUGGACAGCGAUGAGCGAUAAAUGUUAAUUUUUUGGGCUUCAUGAUUGAUGAAAAAAAAAUGUCACUUUUCAAUUAAUUAAUUACAGGCACAAAACAUCAAGUACUAGAGAAAAGGUUUUGUGACCCACCGUGUUUCGUUAGUUUGUUCAAUAUUUGAUUAAAAAGAAGCACAACAGAGGGUGCAAGAAGGAACCGUACAGAAAGAAAUGACCCGCUACACACCUUGUAAAUAUUUCCACGCCGGACGGUCUGUCCAGUUGUUGGAGACUAUCUUGGAUGUUCUCUUGACUAUCAUUGAAACACCUCACAUUAGAGGGCACUUGAUUCAACUUGAUAGCUCUACCUUUAUGUCCCGGUGAGAAAAAAAAGAGACUGCUGAAAACGCAAACCUUGACAUAAAUUAGUUGAGGGCCAGCCAGUUUUUCAGACGCCACAAUGCAUCCAGCCUUUCAUCCCGUCCUCGCCUUCUCCUUUGAAGCCCUGUGAUGGUGCCUGUAGAGAAAGCGUUGUUCUUCUAUGCCUUUUCAGUACUUUGCUUUGGCAGCGCGUCUUCAUUCAUCUCCGCUCGUCAAGAGGACGGAGCAGACUUCUGAAUUUGGAUGCUUUUACUUUAGUUCAUAGUUUGGGUCAAAGCUUUCAUCUUUUAGUGUAGAUAGUCAAUGGGACUUGGAGAUGCCAGUCUCCUGUUUACCUCUGCUGCAGAUGGAGUAGGACAACAUAUUUAUGAAGGUUCAGCAGGGGAUCAACAAGCACACACACAUGCACACAGCUAUAAGCAACACACACAUGUAUGCAUACAAACACACACACACACACACACAGAUUGCAGUUCACUGCCUGUAUCAUGAUACGCUCUCUAAAGGCACUGUGAUAAAUAUCCGAGCACAAGAGUGGCUUAGCUAAGCAGCCAUGUACAAAAGCAAUGAAUAUUGUCAUCAUAAGCACAAGGUCUACAGCAAUAUUAAAGCUAACUACUGUCACACAGUUGAACACUUCAGCGUUAGCGACAGUAGAUGUAGUGCGUUAAAUUGUCUUCUACUUGACUUUGUGGUGCAUGUUUGUUCACUGUUACUGUAUAUUUGUCAAAAUACUGUUGUAUUCUCUGUGCUGCACAGUGAUUCACCAUGUUAAAAACGUCUUGUUUGCAAUGUACUGAGUGUGUGUGUUCCCGAUCUCACUCCCGACUUGUUCAACCGCUUGGUCAGUGGCCUUAUGCCUCAAACUAAAAUGCUCUAUGUGGCCGUGGUUAUGGCGGGAGUAAAGGAGGAAAUUCCGCUUGGGGUGGUUGUCAGGAGACGUUCAUGUCCCGUGUGAAAUCGAAAGUCAACGUUGACUUAUUUAAAGUGACAACGUCGCAUACACAAUGAAGCCUACUUAACAGGCUACCAAACGUUACUACGUCACGAGAGUAACGUAGUCUACGUAACUACGCAACAAAUAUAGAAAGUAGUUUGUUUGGCUGAACUUAACGAAGUUGUGAAAAAGGUUUCAUGCUCGUCGCUCGAGGAGUACCUGGAGUGUCAUCGUUUGAAGCGCAGGGCCACUGACCAAGCUGCUGUAUUUGACGAGUUGGGAGUGAGAACGCUGUUGUACGGCCAGUCUGGGAGGAGAAAAACGUUGCAUCUUUAAGAGUCAAUACAUAUGUGCCAAAUGAAUUGUGAUGCCUUGAUAUAAUUACCAUAACAACAUGAGACUGUGGUGAAGACUACUGGCAGGUCACCCAACAUCCGACACCAGUUUUUACAAUCAAGAACACAUUUUCCAUGAACCUUGUUUACUAUGAAAACUACAGUUUUUAAACCUUUAUGGAACUUAAACCUGCAUUAAUCAAUAUGUUUUUGUUAGGAAUUGACAAAAUGCCUCUGUAUUGUGAAAGAGUUACUCACAGCGCUAAAAUGAGCAGCUAUAUCCUUUUUAAAGGAGUUAAAAAAUUUAUCAUUUUGGUUACACACUUACUGUAUGGUUCAGUAUCACUGCUGUCUAUUUAAGCAGCAGUUAGCUGUUUUCAGCCAAAAAAUGCUUCUGUAAGCCAACUGUGUGUUACAUGCCCAGCAGCAAAUGGACAGACAAAGCUGGCGACACGCUAGCAAAGAACAUUGAACACUUACCCAGAAGACACAGAUAUUUUUUCCCACCACCAAUGAAUUUUGAACUUAAAUGAAUGAGCCGGCCAGAAACACAAUUUCAAACGAAUGCCAAUGUCCCAUCAUGUCUUUGAGUGCAAAUAGGCUGUUUGCUAACACACUAACUGUCACAGUGCAAUAUGGUAGUUGCUGUGUAUCUGCUAGCUUGUUUUUUAGCAAUUCUUUGCCAAAUUGAUUAAUGCAGUGUUUUUUGUUUUAUAGGCUAAAUAAGAUUUUAUGGCUAAAGCAAUCCAAAUAUAUGGCAAACAAGAGAAACAUGUGUUUUGGUUGCCAGUAGAUAUUUGCAAUUUUCUCAUAGAUUGCCUCCUUUUAUGGUAAUUAUACAAAUGUUUCAACAGGAAAUACUUAAUUGAUAGUUUCUUUUCACAGCAGCCAUUUUGACUUGUCAUUGCAGGGGAACCAUCGAUAUAGUUAAUAACAUUAAUUAUAGCCCUGUUCCAUUUAGGUGGGCCAGGGCGGUGGUAUUGUGCAUGUGGACUCACUGGAGUGCCUCGCUGUGACACACCAAAUAGAAUGGGACUAUGAUUCAUUUGAUCUAUUACACCUGUGUUUACACUGCAAUGAAGUGGAAAUAACUGCUGUAAAAAGGGCCUAUUGCUGUGUAAAUGUUCAAGCCAUAUCCCAGGUCUGUCACAAUUUCGUGUUACUGUUUGCAAAAGUAAAAGAAAAAAA